AACCGCCUUGCCGGGGGGAAAAAAAACAAACCCAGAGCCGGGACAAGCCAAACCAGAAUUCUGAUUCUCCAGCCAGAAUUCUCGGACCAUGGCGCCGUCCCCGCCCCUUCCGCGAGCAGCCCGGAAGUCUUUCUCCGACGCCGGAAGUCCCGCCGUGACCCGGCCGCCUCAGUGUCUACGCCGACCCCGACGGCCCGGGGAGCACUUGCUUCCGGUCCCCGGUGGGCCCCGGGGUUUCCGUGCGUGCGCUCCGGAACGUUGUCCCGGGAGCGCCGGCAGCUCGGGGAGAGCGCCGGGACGGGCGCGCUGCCCGUUCUGGGCCAUGAACGGGACGGCGAACCCGCUGCUGGACCGCGAGGAGCACUGCCUGCGCCUGGGCGAGAGCUUCGAGAAGCGCCCGCGGGCCUCCUUCCACACCAUCCGCUAUGAUUUUAAGCCAGCGUCCAUAGACACGUCCUGUGAAGGGGAGCUGCAGGUGGGCAAAGGAGACGAAGUCACAAUUACGCUGCCACAUAUCCCUGGCUCCACGCCGCCCAUGACUGUGUUCAAGGGGAACAAACGGCCUUAUCAGAAAGACUGCGUGCUGAUCAUCAACCACGACACGGGCGAGUACGUGCUGGAGAAGCUCAGCAGCAGCAUUCAGGUCAAGAAAACGAGAGCCGAGGGGAGCAGUAAAAUCCAGGCCCGAAUGGAGCAGCAGCCCAACCGUCCCCCACAGCCAUCGCAGCCUCCGCCACCACCACCACCACCACCUCCGCCACCUCCACCACCUAUGCCAUUCAGAGCUCCGACCAAGCCUGCGGCUGGACCAAAAACAUCUCCUUUGAAAGAUAACCCCUCCCCUGAGCCGCAGCUGGAUGACAUCAAAAGAGAGCUGAGGGCCGAGGUGGACAUCAUUGAGCAGAUGAGCAGCAGCAGCGAGAGCGGCUCCUCCGACUCCGAGAGCAACUCGGCCAGUGACGACAGCUCCAGCAGCGGAGGCGAGGACAGCGGGCCGGCCUCCCCAGCCCAGCCUUCACACCAGCAGCCCUACAACCACAGAGCCUCCGUCGCCAAUGGAACCAGCCGGCCCCAGGGAAGCAGCCAGCUCAUGAACACCCUCAGAAAUGACCUACAGCUCAGUGAGUCUGGCAGUGACAGUGAUGACUAACCCCGGAUGUUUCGAAAUCUCCUUUUUGGUGCGCAGAAACGCCGCAAGAUCAGGCUGCUUGAGCGUGGAUUCCGUUGCCAAGAGGAAGAUGAUGGGGCUCAGUGACUGGCAGGAGCGGGGGGCUUGGGCUGCUCGGACAUCCAAGUCCUUACCGUGGUGGUGAUGGGUGAUUUUCCUUAUGUGAUUUGUGAGCAGUCUCAUGUUUUGAAGUUUAAGUAGAUCCAGAGAAUAACUAACAGUUACAUUUCUAUUCAGUUA